AUGGCAGCCGAAGGUGAUCUGUCGGAGGGCCGCAUGGCCGACAUCAUCCGCGCCUUGGAGCUUAUCCACAACCCGUCCUCCACCAACGAGCUACGCAGAGAAGCCUUGACCUUUGUCGAGGCCCAAAAAGAGAGCAAGUCGGCAGCGCACAAUGGUUAUAUGCUUGCGCUUCCCGAGCAGACCAAUCCUCUCGUCCGCUAUUUCGGUCUGGGUUUGUUGGAUCAUGUCUUGCGCCACACCUCCUUUGAAGCCCAAGACCAGAUUUCGGCUAUCAGGGACCUCGUUCUGAAGUUGGCGGAGUCGAUCCGACCUGAAGAUCCUGCUUACAUUCGCAACAAGAUCCCGCAACUGUGGGCCGAGGUCGCCAAGAGGAGCUGGGGCUUGGAUUGGAAUUCCAUGGACGAAACGCUUCUUCAAUUCUGGAAAGCAAGCCUCGUGCAUAAGGAAUUGGUACUAUCCAUUCUUGAAACUCUGUCGGAGGACAUCUUCUAUCGUGAAGAUACCGUAUCAUCCUUGCGUGGCACGGACCUAAACCGGGCUAUGGUCGAGAUCUGUACGUCCCUGGCCGUCUUCGAGGAGAUCCAUCCUAAGAAGGAUAAUCUUGAGCUGCGUUGCGGACCUGAGGGAUGGAUGUCUCGCAUUUGCGCUUUUCUGCACGACUGUAUCGGGAACAUUCAGAACUCGAAGCAGGCCCGGGACUCCGCACUGAAAGCGCUUGCCACUCUCAAAUCCCUGCUGACAUGGGCAAUCCCCAAGGCCGUGCUCUCGUCCAACUGUGUCCCCUGCAUUGCCAGUGCCUUCACCUGCAAUGACGAGCUUGUGCUCUUGGCGGCUGUUGAAGCUCUGCAUGCGCUGUACAGCAGGUCUCACGUUGAGAUUGAAGGAUUCCAGCCCUUGGUGCACUUCAUGUACGAGACUCAAGCGCUCAGUGUGCUGCAGAAGCUGUACGAAUGGUCAGUUGUGGGACCAGACGAUGUGGACGACACCAAGUAUACUAUUUGCAAAAAGCUCUCCGAGAUGGUUUCGUACAUCGCUGGAUUUCUCGAAGAGAAGGCAUUCUCAUUAGAAAGCGCACAGGGCAUGGACCUACCUUUCUUCUUUCAUCUUACCAUUACUGUCAUCCAAAAUCAAAGUCUCACAAUCUCGAUCCCUGUCCUUCAUGUGUGGUCUAAAUUGAUAGCCUCCGAGAGGAUCGGAAACACGGACCUCGUUAUUGGUCUAAUCCCUUCGCUGCUGAGUAUUUGUACUGAGCGCCUCAUUCGCUGGGAAUCUCUGCCUGCAGAAUCCGACAAUCCUACAGUGAUGUUCCUUAAUGAGGACAUUGACACAAUCCCCGAGAGACACGCGUUUGUCGGGAACUAUCGCCGAUACUGUUCCUCCAUCAUCGAAACGAUCGUCCAGAAGCGACCCCAGGAUGCCAUACCUCAUAUACUUGCCGGAAUUGACGGAAACCUAGACAACCUUUACAGCGGCGUGGAACCUUUCGCCGUGAAGUCAUUUUCAAAGACCUCGAUACCCCUUAUGCGGGCCGAUACGCAAUUUGCGGUUGUCGAAGCAACGCUAAAAGGGUACAACAAAUGGGUAUCUGCUCAUGGAAAGAUGCCUCAGCAAGAUGAACAGAAGCGCAGCGACCUGGAACAGAUCUUGGAGGCGUGGGCUUUCAAAUUAAUGCAGCGUAAUUUUGAAGAUCCGGUUUUGAAACAGAGAGUAAUCAAGCUCAUUGUCGAUAUUUCCGCCAGAGCUCUCGACAAGACCCCGAGCUUUGCGCUCAAAGCAUUGGAGUACAUCUUGAUGACCCGCCUCCCGGACCAGCCAGAGUAUCCCGUCUACUCGGAAUCAGUCAAGGAGCUUCACGGUCUGGCCAGUCAUGAGCUCCGGCGGUUGGCCAUGCGCUACGCAGACUACUUCUCUACGUUCUACGACAUAUUGGAACCCAAGAUCAAGGAGAUAUCCAUGGCCAACCGGGUAGACGAUAAGCUUCACAUGGAGCUCACUUCCAUCCUGCUUAUCAUCAUGCAACGAGCGAAUAAUGUCGAACCCUACCUUCGCCAGUCUCGUCUUCUGUCUUUCGUGGAGCCGAUCAAGCAAGCAUGGCAGGAGGAAGAAUUCCGAACUGUGAGCUCGACAUUCGAGGGCUUCUGUGCUAUGCUUGGACUACAGAAUGUCGGAGCAUAUAUGCAGUCCAGACAGGCUCAAAAACUCGAAGACUGGUCUUCUGUACCUCUGGACAAUGAGGGUAAGCUCAUUCAGGAAGAAAUGACUAGGAAGUUCCAGCAACUACCUUUGAGAGGUACCAAGACGAUGCUGGCCGUCUCGACGGAUAAGCUCAAAAGGUCUGAACCAGCCUAUGAGCUUGCUUGCAAUGUAUGGCAUGAUCUUAUUCCUAUCAUCUUGCCGACGCUUCUACAGUUAGUCAGUAAUGCUCAUGCCUUCCACAAUCCCGGCAACUGGAAGGGCUUGCCCGCAGACAUGGCGCCGGUUGUGGAACGCAUCUUGACCGAUAGAUUUUGGCAAGCCGGGAUUUCCACUGGUAGCCGUGAUGAGUUCUAUGCUAAGAUCACUGCAUCUCGUGGCUCAGUCGAAGGAUUCGCCUCAUCUGUGAGAGGCAAGAUUCGAGCUGUGCGUGAAGCGUGCUACUCAAUGUUGUUCAGCAUGAGCCGACUACGGGAGAAUUUCUAUGGAUUCGCAGAACUUCCAGGUCCCCUCUCACAAGCUCUCUUCAAGGACUCCGUCCACCUCUCCUCUCAUCAGUUCUCUGUUCUUCUCAAUAUCUCACGCUGCUUGAUUGAUGACUGCCCGGUUCGCUUCCGAAGCAACUUUCUGCCUCCAAUGCUGGCCACCCUCUUUACCAGCAUCGACAAGAAGGUCACAUCAGAAUGGGAGCUGAUUGAACAGAGAAAAGAGGGAGUUGCUGAGUCUGAUGACCUGACUGACGAGAUGAAGUCCGAGAGUAUCUUGCGCCAGUUGACGUAUUCUGCGGUGAUCAUGGUAGCCAGUCUGCUCGAUCCUCAGCGUGGUGAUCCUGAUGACGAGCUAGCAGAUCCCAGCGCUCUGCAGCCUGCACCGGCACUCUCGGACUCCAUCCGGCAUUUUAUUCUUUCUUCACCUGAGAUAUUUGAGCCAGUUAUGCUUUUCUGCACCCAUGCCCUUCGUAUGCGCGAUACCCGUUGCUGCAGCAUCAUCACCCGUGUCAUUCGCUCCAUCCUGCAAGACUUUGCCCCUCCGAACAAUACACCUACCACAAUCACCAUCCGCGAGUUCAUCUCUUCCGAGGUCCUCAAGGCUUGCAUCACGUCUGUGCAUGAGCCCUAUUUUGUCGACAUGCAGAAAGAUCUUGCUCAGCUCAUUGCGUCUAUCUGGGUACUCUACGGCUCGAGCAGCCCGACCCCGCGCGCAGUGAUUCUGAGCCUUCCUGGCAUGAGCGAGCAGCGAGUGGCCAAUGCAGAGGCCGCGCUGGUAAGGUCAACUGCCGCAAGACAGCAAAGAGCCUUGAUCUUGGAUCUUCUAGAGAGUCUGAGAGGCGUCAGCAUAGCUGAGCAAGGCAAGAUCUUGGGUUCGCGCGAGGACCGCCGGAAAGCGCGGAGUGCCCUGCAGGAGAGAUACAUGACGAGUGAGAUGGAGGGCCAGCAGAAUCAGAAAGUCGAUAUCAACGACGGACCGGAUCUGUCCGGGGUGGCGGAUUUGUUUGGUUAGGAUCCCACAGUUUAUAGAUU